CCCGAUCGGUCGCGAGGGAGAUCUCGGUAGACCCGGCAAGGGUCGACGACGCGGCGAAGAAGGAGAGGCGCGGGCUAGAGGGCUGGAGAAGGAUUCCCGCUGUGGACGAGGUACGUGGACUGGCUACACCAGCACCGGAGCGAGGGCUUUUCCUUGGACAUGAGCCGAAUCGGGUUCACGGACGAGUUCGUGGAGGAGAUAAAGCCUCGGUUCCAGGCCGCGUUCAAGGCGAUGGAGGAGCUGGGGAUGGGCGCCAUCGCGAACGUCAUCAUGUGCACAUCAGAUGCUGUGCUAAGGAAGAAAGCUUUUGAUGUACUGGAAAGGAUAGGCUGCCGUACUCUAUUAGGAUUCUUCUGGAGUUGGCCAUUCGGAACUGCGACGAGUUCCAGGUCAAGAGCAAAGAUGUCGAGAAGAUCAUCGACUGGGAAAACACUUCUCCUAGACAAGUCGAGAUCCCAUUUAAGCCGGCUAGAGUGCUGCUGCAGGAUUUUACUGGGGUGCCUGCUGUCGUUGAUCUUGCUUGCUUGCGUGAUGCGAUGAAUAGCCUCGGGGGAGAUCUGAAUAAAAUCAACCCACUGGUUCCAGUGGAUCUUGUUAUCGACCACUCUGUUCAGGUUGAUGUGGCAAGGUCAGAAAAUGCUGUCCAGGCUAAUAUGGAACUUGAGUUUCAUCGGAACAAGGAGAGAUUUGGCUUUCUCAAGUGGGGUUCAACUGCAUUUCAUAAUAUGCUUGUUGUUCCGCCUGGAUCGGGGAUUGUCCACCAGGUUAAUCUAGAAUAUCUUGGCAGAGUGGUCUUCAACACAAACGGCUUGCUUUACCCUGAUAGUGUUGUUGGUACUGAUUCACACACAACUAUGAUAGACGGAUUAGGAGUUGCUGGUUGGGGAGUUGGAGGAAUAGAAGCAGAAGCUACAAUGCUUGGCCAAGAUACUACUACAACUGCUCAUCAUCAAGAAGGAUCCUUGGUCCAAGAGAAAGUUGAAGACACAAGCUCUAAAGAUGCCAAUUCAGAUAUUACUGCAGCAAUUCAGCCAACCACAACUAGUACCAUAACUUGUGCCGUUUCAACACCUAUGGGAACUCAUGCUGAUUCUGUUUCAUCAAAUAUUCUUUCUCAUAGCCCAUCUGGUGUGUCGACUACUUCAACAGUUAUUCCUGGUCCUACUCAAGUUUGUAGUGUCCUGGAAAAUGAAGGUUCUGCCAAUUCAUCGACUUUAAAUUUUUCUACUUCUGGCAAGGAGGAAGAAAAUGUGAACUUCCCAGGUCGCCAACCAUCUACCUCCCUUAAUGAGGCUGGGAUUUUGAGUGGAAUGGCUGGGGGUGCUCUAUCCAGUCAAUUGUCAUCUAGUAUACCUUCAGCCGACAUGCUUUCAGGUAGCGGAACCAAUAUUUUGGCCCCUUCUACUUCAGACAUAGCAAAGAGGAAUAUUUUAGAAGCUGAGCAAAGACUUGGAAGUAGUGGAACAAUCCAGUCUCUAGUGUCCCCCUUGGACAAUAGAAUCUUCUUACCUCAGGGGGUGAAGGCUAAUGAAGUAACUGGAUUUGUUGAUACUGGUAGUGGUGCUGAGGGUUCAUCUAUGGCUGGCAGGAUUUUUUCACCUCCUAUAGUUACUGGCAUGGAGUGGAGGCCUGGAGUUUCUUUUAACCAGAAUCAGUCGGGGCACGCCCGGGGGAGAACUGAAAUAGCCCCUGAUCAAAGGGAGAAAUUUUUACAGCGUUUUCAUCAAAUGCAGCAACAAGGUCACAGCAUCUUUUUGGGCAUGCCUCCCUUGGCUGGAGGAAAUCAGAAGCAGUUUUCUGCACAACAGCAAGCCGCCCCCCCUUGCAGUAGGUUCUUCCUUCUCGAUUAA